AUGGAUGACACUCUUUUCUUUUCCGAACUUUCAAGUUCUCUCUACGCCGACUGUGACGACGAGGAGUCACAACGUCUGUUCGAGGCAUUUCUCAAUUUUGGGGAUGAUUCUGGGUUAGAAUUUGAGGAAGUGGCUGGGGCGCCCCUGCCUGUCUCGCCCUCAAAAGCAGUCCAGCCUACAUGCUCAUCACCGCCACCGACUGGACCAGCGCCCAUGAUCGUUGACACAAGUCUUUCUUCUGGCGGCAGCUCUACCCAGCAGCAAACCCCCCCAACACCGCCAACUGCAUUGCCGCAGGUCCCGGUAACUUACAACAUCAUCGAGGUCUGGCCUGGAGUCUACGCUCAGGUCUUGCAGGCAUAUACGAUGACGCCAGUCACCAUGGGUCAUCCAGCACAGGGCCCAUUUGGGGUACCUGCAUUUGCGCCAUGGCCUAUGCAUUCAUACAUAUCGCAUCCAUCUCAGUCAUCAAUACCGGAAUAUCCGAUUCAGAGUAUGCCACCGCAACAUCCGUUUCAUUUUGGUAUGAACACUACAGCUUUACCUCAGACUGCAUCUCAGCGCGCACCUGCAUCUAACAAGCGGGCAUUUGAGUUCGUGGAGCCAACGGUUCCUGAAAAGUUCGUCGCCAACCCUAACAACCAUGGCCGAUGGGAAAUCGAUAGCGUCGGGAAUAGAAAGUAUUUGAAUGCGCCAAAGGUCAAGAGACCACGCGUUAGUGGAAACUGA